GAUGAUUUUUGUUAAUUCUUCAAUUGUUCGAUUUCCGACAAUUUCGAGAUGUGUUAAUUUGCAACAUUCCCCAAUUUCUUCAAUUCUAAUAGGCCCUGCAGUUAAAUUACUUCUUUUAAAAUACAAUUUAAAUUUAGAAAAUAUUAAAAAAAGAUCUGGACCAAAAAGUAAUAUUUUAAAAAGUGAUGUACUUAAAUAUAUUUUUGAUACAAAUUUAACUCCAAUAUCUUUACAACAACAAAAUAAAUUAUCAACAAAAGAUAAAUUGUUAAAAGACAAACAAAAACAAUCUUUUCCCGAAAUUCCUUUUUCUUUUAAACAAAAAGAAUUUAUUGAGAAACAUUCAAAAAUUCCUCAUUCUUAUUUAUCUACAAAUGUUUCUUUUUCAAAAAUUAAAAAAUUGAGUAAUCAAUUAAAACUUUUCUCUUCUGUUGACUUUCCAAUUGAAAGUUUUGUUGUUUAUUCGUGUGCACAGGCAUUAAAAUCUGUGCCAGAAAUUAAUGUUUUUUGGAAUGAAAAUAAUUAUUUACAAAAAUCUACAAAUAUCAAUAUUUCAAUUUUGGAUGAAAACAAAAUUCCAAUUAUUUUUAAUUUUGCUGACAAACUUGGUUUAGAAAUGAUUGCUAAAUUAUUAAAAGAAAAUAAAAAUUUGAAAGAAGAAAUGGAGAGGACAUUUAGUAUUUUUAAUUUAUCAAAAUUAAAUAUUUCCAAAUUUACUUCAAUUAUAACUUCCCCACAAACUUCAAUCCUCACAAUUGGAUCGUCAAAUGAAAGUUUAAAUUUAACUUUAUGUUAUGAUGCUAGAGCAAUACAAGAAGUGGAUUGUUGCCGAUUUUUAAAUAUUUUAAAUUUAAAUUUGUCUGAACCAAAUUUAAAUUUAUUUUUAAAUGAUAAAAUAAAUUUGGGAAAUAAUUUGGAAGAAAAAGAGGAAGUGGAAGAAGAAGAAAGUGAUGAAAAGAAUUUAAAGAAAUUUGUUAAUAAAGAUUCUAAUGACAUUGAGUUGGAGAUUUUAACAAAAUUAUUAUAG